GAGCAGUUGCAAGUGAUCGAUUAUCCUUCUCUCGCCGUCUCUAGCCCUUUCUUCUUUGUUUUCUCUAUUCUUGCACGCUUGCUCCCCGCUGCUGGAGAUCGAUCGGAUGGCACGGAGGAACGUCGGGGUGGCGGUGGACUUCUCGGCAUGCAGCAAAGCAGCACUGCGAUGGGCGUCAACCAACCUCGUGAGACGGGGUGAUCGCCUCAUCCUCGUCCACGUCAACAAUUGCUACCAAAAUGAGCAAGGGAUAGUCCACCUAUGGGAAAACACGGGUUCACCCUUCAUUCCCUUGGAUGAAUUCUCGGAUCGCUACAUAAUGAAAAGGUAUGGGGUUUUCCCAGACAAGGAAACGCUUGAAAUACUCCAUGAUGUGGCAAAUCAGAAAGGGGUAGAAGUUGUUGCCAAGAUAUAUUGGGGUGACCCGAAGGGGAAGUUGUGGGAAGCAACCGAGAAGAUCCCACUGCACUGCCUAGCAGUAGGUAGCAGAGGACUCAGCAAAGUGAAGAGGGCUCUUCUGGGAAGCGUAAGCAGCUACGUGGUGAACCAUGCAGCAAGCCCUGUUAUAGUGGUUAAAGAAAAUACCGCCUGAGUUCUGAUGGUCAAUGCUAUGGGGAUCGGCUUCAACGUAUGGACUGUUGAUGUAGUUGCGUGUAUUAAUUAAUGUUGUGGCUGCCACUCCUAAAAUAUCUUCGUGUUAGGUGCUGAAUUGUUCGGUUUGUCGGGAUCUUAUCUUCGCCCUAGUUUGUACUUAAUAUGACACGAGCUCUACCUCCCAAGUGUGUUGUUCUCAUAGAUUUUAUGCAGUAAUAUAGCACUCUAAUGAUAGGCUGUGGUUAUGGCUUAGCCUACAAAUUUUAUU